AACUAGCCAAUCCGCGCCAUGACAGCACGGCACGUGACGUAGAGUAAGUUCCUGCUGUGGCUUGAGGGAAACAGAUCGACAUUCAGCCACGGGAGAAUCGCACUUUGCGGCUUGUGGAAGCCCCCUCCCUGAGCGAUGGCCUCACCAGUCUCAGUCUACAACUCCUUGGACACACACAUCUCAAGUACCUCCAGAGAGUCUCUGAAGAUGGAGUUGUUAGCUGAUGUGUCUCUUCUGCCUGGGGAGGAAAGAAUUAUAGAUAAGGACAUCAUCUACAUCUGUCCAUUCAACGGAGCUGUCAAAGGCAAAGUGUUGAUCACCAACUACAGACUCUACUUCAAGAGCUCAGAGGCAGAUGUGGCGGUGAUGCUGGACAUUCCUCUGGGUGCCAUCAGUCGAGUGGAGAAGAUGGGUGGGGCAUCAAGCAGAGGAGAAAACUCCUACGGUCUGGAUAUCACCUGCAAGGUGCAUGACAUGAGAAACUUGAGGUUUGCCUUAAAGCAGGAAGGUCACAGCAGAAGAGAUAUCUUUGAGCUCCUCUUCAGACAUGCCUUCCCCCUCUCACAUGGUCUGCAACUGUUUGCAUAUGUGACUCAGGAGAAGUAUGAGGAGAACGGCUGGAAUAUCUACAAACCCAUGGAAGAGUUCAGACGGCAGGGCUUACCUAACAACAAAUGGCGUAUUACAUUUAUCAAUAAGAACUAUGAACUGUGUGACACCUACCCCACUGUGCUGGCUGUACCCUUUAAAAGUAAAGAGGAGGACCUCAGAAGAGUGGCUGCAUUCAGGUCAAGAGGACGCAUACCGGUUCUGUCAUGGAUCCACAGAGAGAACCAGGCAGUGAUUGUUCGCUGCAGCCAGCCUCUGGUUGGUAUGUCUGGUAAAAGAAACAAGGACGAUGAGCGCUACCUGGAUCUGAUCAGGGAAGCAAACGAAACCACCAAGCUCACCAUCUAUGAUGCUCGGCCCAAUGUCAACGCUGUGGCCAAUAAGGCCACAGGAGGAGGCUACGAGGGUGAUGAGUACCAAAAUGCAGAGCUCAUCUUCUUGGACAUUCAGAAUAUCCAUGUCAUGAGGGAAUCCCUGAAGAAACUCAAAGACAUUGUCUACCCCAAUGUGGAGGAAUCUCAUUGGCUGUCCAGUCUAGAGUCUACACACUGGCUAGAACAUAUUAAGCUGGUGUUGUCAGGAGCCAUUCAAGUGGCAGACAAGGUCUCCAGUGGAAAUUCAGUGGUGGUUCACUGCAGUGACGGCUGGGACAGAACCGCUCAGCUCAGCUCUCUGGCCAUGCUGAUGCUGGACAGUCACUACCGCACCCUCAGAGGAUUCCAGGUGCUGAUUGAGAAGGAAUGGAUCAGCUUCGGACACAAGUUUGCCUCAAGGAUAGGUCACGGUGACAAGAACCAUGCGGAUCAGGACAGAUCACCCAUCUUUGUUCAGUUCAUCGACUGUGUGUGGCAGAUGACUAAACAGUUUCCUACGGCCUUUGAGUUUAAUGAGCGCCUCCUGCUGACCAUCCUGGAUCAUCUGUACAGCUGUCGCUUCGGGACUUUCCUCUACAACUGUGAGAGUGCGCGAGACCAGCAUGAGGUGAGGUCGAAGACGGUGUCUCUCUGGUCUCUGGUCAACAGCAAGAUGGACAUUUAUUUAAAUCCCUUCUACACCCCGGAGUCUGGCAUGGUCCUUUACCCUGUCGCCAGCAUGCGCCACCUAGAGCUGUGGGUAACAUACUACAUCCGCUGGAACCCACGUAUACGACAACAGCAGCAGAGUCCUGUUGAGCAGCGCUACAAGGAACUGUUGGCCCUCAGAGACGAGUACUUGAAGAAGCUGGAGGAGCUCCAGCGGUCUGACUCCUCCCCUUCCUCCCGACUGGCUAACAGCCCCACCCCCAACGCCUCUUCCUCCACCUCUUCCACACCUUCACAGCAAUACACACACCUACAAACUCCCCUCUGAGGGCUGGUCACACACACACACACACACACAAACACACACACACACACACACACGUGCACCUACUCAGAUAUACUUGCUGACUUGCACUUAUGUUGUCUUCACUUUGAUUUUUGUCAGUUUCACACACACGCAGGGAAUUAUUUAGUAUUGUGCAGUCAUAACUGUUGAUAACAAAGAAUGCUAAUAAGAUUUAGAUUUGAUGGUUAAUUCUAACACCAUAGAGGGGACAAUGGUGAUUUAUGCAAUAUGUCACAGUACAGCCUUGUCAAAUGACUUUCCUACACAGACACUCAUCGUACAGUGAAGCCUUAAAGACAUUCAGUGACUUUCAGUCCAAGGGCUUGAACACAAAAAAAACAGUGGAUGUAUGUAGGCGACGAGCCAGCAGAGCAGAGCUGACGUCAUGUUUUCGAAAACAUGAAACUGAUUGCCACAGAACCACAUACGUAGACUAGAUUAAGGGUAAACUGAGUACAAAUGACUAUACUACUGUUUGAGUGAGAAACAUUUGUCAUAACUCAAGGCCUGCUUGAUAAAGAUCCUGAGGAGCAGUAAAGAAACUGCAUCAAACUAACAUAAGAAUAGAUGUUAAAAUCUAUAAAGGGAGUGUAAAGAGAGAAAACUCAUAGGCUGUUCCACAGAUUGCCCAGAUACAAAACAUUUCCUUGGAAUUGUAACACAUUUCAGUUGGAUUGCAGGAUGCUACUACGUAAUGUUAGGCCCUCAUUCAGACAGAAUCAGGCUUUGGCAGUGUGGAAGCCAACACUGGGAUGGGAUGGUACUAUCAGUCGGUCUGUUAAACUCCACUGGGAUAGCACCCGGUUUCCAGCUCUCGGCUUGGCAGCAUCAACUCUUCCAGAGAGGCCUUCUCCUCUCUGCAACAUGUUUGCAGGGUAGUCCCCCCCCCCGGCUCGGUUUUCCUGGGAGCGCAAUAUUGUUUGAGGCAAGAAAGCAUCACAAUAGAAACUUGAACCACGUUGUGAACGGCUUUAAUAACAAUACUGUUAACCAGUGGCUCGGAUCUCUCAGUUAUGUGAUUGGUCACCACAGGGUAACUUCAGGUUGUUUCUUUCGACUUUUCACUUUCACUUUUCUUUAUUUUAUUUUUCAUUUUUGCAACAAUGUCUGAUUUGGUCUGAAUGACGCUUAGAUCUGGUUUUUUUGUCCGCCCAGCUCCUGCUUUUUUUCCCCACCACACAACCUUUGUUGUCUCGUGUAUGAUCAAGAUGUCGAACAGUUCUCACUUUUCGCGCUUCUGCCUACCUGCUGCCUUGCUGCUAAGUGUUGCCCUAAUCCUUCUGAGGAACAGAUUAGAACUGCUGCAGAACUGAUGCAGCAUAUAUUUGGAGGCUGGGAGGUUCAAUAGUGGAUUUUUGCUCUUCGCACGUUUUGUUAUCAGCUUGGUUCACCUAAGCUGUCUUUUUACCAGGGCUGAGAGCAAAAACAAUUCUAGCCAAGAAGCAGAGUUUGUUGAGAAUUAAUCAGUAAUUUAACUGUACGGAUUCAGCUUUGAUACAGUUUGAAAUAUAUUUUAGGAGCUUAAGAUAACAUAUGGAAAUUAAGGGAUGCCUGCCCCUGAUUCUCGGGUUGUUUUUUUUCUAUGUUCUCACUAAACACAGACCCCGAUGGACAAACCAGGCAGGUCCAUGAUAGUCUUACCAUGUCAAGAUGUUUGUAACCAGCAUUUAGAUACAGUAAGCAGAAAUAAACACUUUUUGUAAAUUAGACUCAUGGAAAACCACAAUGUACAUGUACCUUUUUGGACAGGUGUUGGUGGUGUUUGCCCCCCCCUUUUGUAUAGAAAACUGGAUGCUCCUGUUUUUACCCUAUUGAACUCUCUCAAAACAAACAUCAGCAUUGAAAUUGGUGCAUGUUAUCAACUAAUAGGAAUGAUUUAGAAAGCUAUAAUAAAACGGUUACGUUGAAAAUUGAGUCAUUUUCGCAUAGAGAACAGAUGGAACAUUCUUAAUGAAAAAAAUGAAACAUUAUGUGCCAAACUUAUUCCGUAUCCUGAUUUUAAAAAGUAUGGGACUUGACUAAAAAGUUGAAAAAAACAAAAAAAAACAAACAAAAUCUGUAUAGUAAUCUUAACUCAAAGUCUGCUGACUUGCAUUUUGUGUUUGAAAGCUCCGGGCAAAACCAGGGGUUUGCUAUUAUCGGCUUUCAUCAGGUUCAUCUCAGUGCUUUCAGUACAGAGUUAUGUCUGACACCAGUCCAGUCUGCCUUGCGUACUGUAUCCCACAGCACUAACUGGGUACUUAUUUAGCCAGUACAGAUUUGUUUUCUCUCUCUGUCUCUCUCCUUAGAACAUUCUGACUUUUAAGAAAAUUUAAGUUGAAAAAAAAUCAGAGUCAAAAGAUUUAUUAUUUUCUUCUAUGAUUUGUUUUGUCACUGACUCAGAUGGCCUUCCAAACCCCCCCCCCCCAGCAGGAAUGCAUCAAACCCGACCUGUCCAAAAAGCACAUGCUUGAGUCGUUGUCUCUUUGGGAUUUGGUGCUGUCACGGAGCUGGUGUCUACAGAGCAGUUGUGUCUGCACAGCUACAAUAACUUUGACAAAGUCAAACUCAGGACAUCACAUGGACAACAGUGUAUGUGUGUGUGUGUGUAUAAAAGAGGAAUGUUGGAAACUGAAUCAGAUUUUUCUAUCAUGACAAGAAAUUAUGAGAAAUAGCGUGAUGAUAAGAGGAUUUUGCUGCUAACUUGAAAGAUUCCCAUUUUGGUUAGUUUUUCUAAAAAAGAAAAAAGGCUUUUGCGAGCUCACAGAGAGAAAUAAUAGCCAGCAUGCUGCUAAAAUGUCUGUCUCAAUAUCUUUCAGUCUGUCAAAAUGAUACCAGCAUGAUGGCAGACUGCUUAUUACAAUCGCUCAUGAGUUGAAGUUCUUGGCCACCAUUUUUGUUUAUUUCCCUUGCAAGGUACAGCUGGACUGCUGUACCGAAACUAGGAUUAAUGAGUAAUCUCCAGUAGUCAUGAACACUUUACUCCAACACUGACCACUUAAUAAAUAUCUGGGGCUUGAUUAUUGGACUAAGUCAGGAUUUGAGUCUAAUAUUUACCAACCUUCUGCUAGCACAUCAUAAUCUGUUCAGGAGAAAUGUAAUAACAUGUCAAGUUUUGGCAGUGCAUUGAGGUCCAUGACUGAAAAUAAGAAUAAUACCAAUCAGUAACUAUUAACUAUUGGUAGGAGUUCAUCUUUAACACUGCAACAUUGCAGUGCUCUGCUUUCAUACCUGAGGGAAACUGCUCAGACUACUUAGUUUAAGUUAAUACAGGGUAGAUACACAUGGAAGUCUAAAUGGACCAUCACUGUAAAUUAAGUUUCUGUGGAACUGUAUGUGGAAUAUUUUAUAAAACCUCUCUCACAAAUUAAUAUUUUGUUACAGUUAUUUUGCGCUCUCCUACUGGAGCACUUCUAUUGCCAGUGGAUUGAUACCAAAUACCAAAAACUAGAUACCAAAAAAUUUACAUUUCGGGUUUCAAUUUCAAUUUACUUAUAUAGCACCUUAUACAAUCAAAAUUGUCUCUAGAUGCUUUACAGAGACCCAGAGCCUGAACCCCAAGCAAGCAGACAGUGGCAAGGAAAAACUCCCUUUUAACAGGAAGAAACCUGGAGCAGGACCCGGCUUACAUCAGCAUUUUCCAAGUUCAUUUAAUCUGAACAUUUGAUUUUUCAUCAAUUACAUAAGCGUUUUUCAGUAUAGGAAAUAUUCCACCUGGGCAGAGCAUUUUGAAAUAAGAGGGAUUGUCCCCAAAGUAAAUAUACAGUUGCAGUGAUCUAACCUACUUCAGAAAUGAUCUUUUCAGCAGACAAAGCAGUUGAUCGAGCAGUUUCCUUAGCGUGGUGAAUUUAUAGGUGCAGGAAAACGUUUUCAGGUUGACUGUAAUAAUCUGUCCUCAGUGUUGUGCAACACGCAGGCCAGUUAGUUCUUAGUUAAUGAAGACUGAGAAAAGCCAGCUGAGACACCAGUGUAUUUUUUUCAUGUUCACCUCAGUCGGGUUUUCAACAACAUUGAUGCAGCAAUUCAUUGGGAUGAUGAAUUCUAUUCAGUGUGACAGUUUCAAUUGUGAGUGUGCUGCAAUAAGUCAUUUUGUGAAGUGUGUCGUGUUUCAUGUCCAGAUUUGUGCCUUGAUUCUUGUGAGAAUUACCUUCACCUCUUCAGAAAUAUAUACUCUGGCUGUCCAGGGUCAUGUUUGAGACUGACUGCUCUGUAGUUGAGGGUCCAAAGGAUCAAAAAAAAAAAAGCCUUGUGUUAUUUGGUUUGGAUACCAUGAUGCUGUUUAUAGACCCACGCUUGUUUGAUGUGGAAGGAAAUGGGUGGUCAUUGCAGGUAUUCCACGGUAACUACAGAGCACAGAAGACAGAGCAGUUUAUCCCGAGGUAUAUUUCCUGUGGUAAAGGAAGCCUCCGUUUAUUCCCCCAAAUUCUACACUGUGUUAAUCAGUAGCAGAUCACAUAGUAGCAAGAAAAACUACAGAAUGAAAUUUAUUGGCCCUUGUUAAAAACUACUGUAACUUUAUAAAAUCGGCAACAAUUCAACAUUCACACACGCUUAAAACGCUCUUGUGAUUGGCGGACUGAUGGACGCAAGUGUCUCUGUCACUUUUUCUGUGAACAACUUAGUCCAAAACUAUGACUCUGUUGCAAGAGAGACUAUUUUAAAACAUGCUCUGUUAUCUCCGUGCUUUUUCGAUCUCCCUCCUUCUCCACAAUGGCCUGUUUUUUUUGUUGUUGUUGUUUUUUUUAAUCUUCCUUCUAGUGUGGACGUGCAGAAUUAUUAUAUUCUCUGGCACAGUCGAACAGCAUUUCAUAUGAACUUUUUGAGUGUAACCUUAAUCCUUCCCAGCCUCCCAUACAAAUUUAUUUCCAAGCAUUGGACAGCAGAUGUUGCUGAAAUUUUUUCUGAACAAAAACAAAAAGUCAAAGUCUUAUCUGUGACCACAGCAGACAGUCAGAAUGAAAUCUCAUCAUUUCAUGGCGUUUUCAAGAGAGAAAGGGACUUGGGCCGCAUGCAAGUAUGGCAUAUAUCAAACAUGACUCAUAACCAUGUGUGGGUGGGUUCAUAUGGGCAGACUUGGAAGUGCAUGCAGAUCCCUGUUUUCACAGAGAGAUUAAUUAACAGUAAUUAUUUUACUUCCUAAAUGAAAGGUUUGAUCUUACUGAGGAGGCUUGUGGCUUAAACAAACAGACAGAAAAUAUGUGGCAGCGAGGAAAAAAAAAAAGUGUGCAUUGGUUGGGUGGUUGUGUUUUUAGGGAAAAACAGAUGAUCUAUUUUUUGUUUGUUUUUUAAGGUUUUCUUUUGUACAAGCACCAUAAUGUAAUUACCUCAAUCAAAACCUAUUUUACUGCCGAAAGUUCUAUUAUUGUAAAAUACAGUUAUUUUAUGUAGUGCAGAAUCUUACAGUUUUAUAAAAAGGAAAGUAUUGUUGGUAUAAAUUGUGAAUUUAUGCUCCAUUGGUUAUGAUUUUUUUUUUUGUUUUAUUUUGAGGGCAUUUUUGGGGUUUGUACUUGCUAACCCAGGAUGAAAAGACAGGAUUCUGGAUUCUGUUCACUUGUCACAAACCUUGACAUCUUCCUCUCAGUUCUCUGCUGAAUCUUUAGCUUUUAGAUGUUGGCUGUGUGGUGAUGAAUCUGAGAAAUACUCUGUCGAUGUUGAUUUCAGUUUGACUUUAUCAUUAAUGUAGGGAACUUGGUGUUAGAGGGUUUUGUGUCAUAAUAUAGCCUGCUUUUUAAUAGAUACACAUAAAAUGUGUUUCAUCUUUUUGGUAUCAACAAGGGAAGGUGAAAUCCAAAUACAUUUCAGUUAUAUUUCUUUUAGUCGUAUUAUAUCCUCUCCAUGGUUUGUUGGAUGGUUCCUGCUAUGUAAAUAUUACUGAUUAAAUUAAUUUAAGGAUU